GCUCUAGAAAUUUCAAUUCUAUGCCAAUGGAGAAACACGCAGUGGGACAUCUAUUAUAUUCUCUUUGAUUAUUGGGUCUCUUUCAUAAGUUUGGACUAUAAAUAAUACUAAUAUUAAUAAUAGCAAUAAACGAUUAAAAUUUUAAAUAAACAAAUAAGGUCAAAAUGUUGAUUAGGUUACCACAAAUCCCAUUAUCUUCUGUACUUAAAAAACGCCCUGUACAAACAGAUAACCUUACUCUUUGGCAAACUUGUAACUUUACAACUGGUGUAAGAAAACCAACUGUCACAUCGCUUCCUCCAUUGACAGAACCGGUACCUAAUUUACCAAAGCCAAUUUAUUCUACAGCUAAAGAAGAACAUCAAACAACUCAAGUCACAGUUCUAUCGAAUGGAUUACGUGUUGCUUCUGAAAAUCGUUUUGGUCAAUUUUGUACAAUUGGUGUUCUUAUUGACUCUGGUCCUCGAUAUGAAGUUAUCUAUCCCACUGGCAUCUCUCACUUUCUCGAAAAGUUAGCAUUCAGUUCGACAAAACAUUUUGGAAGCAAAGAUGAAAUAAUGUUAGCAUUGGAAAAACAUGGAGGUAUAUGUGAUUGUCAGGCGUCGAGAGAUACAUUCAUUUAUGCAGCAUCAGCAGAAUGUCAUGGCUUAGAUACAGUCACAAAUAUCUUGGGUGAAAUUGUUCUGAGGCCCAAAAUUACAGAGGAAGAGAUAUUGGCAGCAAGACAAACAGUUCGCUUUGAAAUAGAAACAUUGUUAACAAGACCAGAGCAAGAACCUAUACUGAUGGAUAUGAUUCAUGCUGCUGCCUAUAGGGACAAUACAUUGGGCUUUCCCAAGAUUUGUUCUGAGGAGAAUAUAGAAAAAAUAGAUAGAAAUAUUCUAUUAACUUAUCUCAAGAAUCACUAUGUUCCCAGUAGAAUGGUUGUCGCUGGUGUCGGUGUUAAUCAUCAGGAUUUGGUUAAAGCGGUCGAAAAAUACUUUAUUACCCAAAAGCCCAUUUGGGAAGAACAAAAUGUUGCUUCUAAUAAAAAUGAAUAUUCGGUUGAUAAAUCCAUUGCCCAAUAUACAGGUGGAUAUAUACUGGAAGAAUGUACUGUACCAGUAUAUGCAGGACCAAGUGGUCUACCAGAAUUAUCACAUGUAGUAAUAGGCUUAGAGGGUUGUUCGCAUCAAGAUCCAGAUUUUGUUGCCAUGUGCGUUUUAAAUAUGAUGAUGGGAGGUGGUGGAAGUUUUAGUGCUGGUGGCCCUGGAAAGGGCAUGUAUACGCGUUUGUAUACUAACGUUCUUAAUAGGUACCAUUGGUUAUAUAGUGCUACGGCAUAUAAUCAUGCUUACAAUGAUACAGGUCUUUUCUGUAUUCAUGCAUCCUCCACACCCACACAUAUAAGAGAAUUGGUAGAAGUUAUUGUACAUGAAAUGGUUUUAAUGUCUAGCAAUAUUUCAAACAGCGAACUUGAAAGAGCAAAGAAGCAAUUACAAUCUAUGCUACUUAUGAAUUUAGAACAAAGACCUGUUGUAUUUGAAGAUAUUGGAAGACAGGUCUUAGCAACUGGUACCAGAAAAAGACCGGAAUAUUUUAUACAAGCGAUUGAAGCGAUAUCGAAAACUGAUAUACACAGAGUAGCCCGUCGAUUACUUAAAUCCGCUCCUAGUGUAGCCGCUCGUGGGGAAGUUAGAUCAGUUCCGUCAAUUGCAGAUAUUCAAGCUGGUUUAUUGGAUGCUCAAGGUCGAUUGCCUGGUUCUCAAAGCAGAUUGUCGCUUUUUCGUUAAAAGUUUCAACAAAAUUUACAAAUAUUUUCUUUUUAUUUUUAAGUAGCAAAGAGUAAUUUAUUAAUAUAUUAUUCAUUUAUUAAGGUACAGAUUUGUAAAAAGUAAUAACCUCUCUUUGCUUUGAAAAUCCUCUUGUAAUAUAAUUUAUAUUGGAGUUAUCAGCUAACAAAUUUAUAGUACUACACUCCUUUUACUGUGAUUUUAUAUAAAAUAAAACGAAGUAUAUAUUAUAUUAUAUCAUUUAAAUGUGAUAUAUAUAUAUAGAUAUACAUUGCCGAUUUAUUCCAUUUAUUACUACAACAAUAUAUUCUUAUCUCUCUUCAUCUGUAAUCCUAAUGAUCUAUAAAACGGAUAUAUAAAUACUAAUUGUAAGGUAUUUUUACUUUAUAAUGGUACGUAUGUACAUUCUUUAUGUACAUAUUAAUUUGAAAUAGAAGAAAAAUCAUAAAUGGAUCGUUGUAAGCUUUGAUUAAUUUUAUAAUAUCUUAAAUAUUAAAGAUAACAGCAAAAUGGAUUGUUAGUAAAAUUCAAAUAAUGUGUUUUAGUAUAAACCAAUCAGAUUACAGCCGCCAUGACACUUAUUUUACUUGCGCAGUAUCAAGAGGACCGUUAUAUUUGAAAGAUUCGAAUUGAACGUUGUAUAAUGGAUUAUAUUUGUAAUAGAUGCUAUUGUACAAAAGCCAGAAUAGAUAAACCAUUUAGAUUUACACAGUGUAAACAUAUAUUUUGUGAUAACUGCAUAAAAGAAGGUAAUCAUUUUUUAUUAAUAACCAAAGAAAUACAUAUGUUUUAUAAUAUGAAUUCAUUAUAUCGUAGUUACGAAACAAUGCAUAAUUUGUGGUUUCAAAGGGCCUGCUUCUUUACCUCUAGUAGAACCAUUACCAACAGAGAUAGCAUCUUAUUUUGUUCCAUUAAAUGAAACUUUAGGAUCACUGAGAACAGCAACAAGUUUACAGAAUACACAAUUGAGUAUCAUAUUAGAACGAUUUUAUGACAUU